UCUACGCCUCCCUAUAAAAGAAGGCGCGGCCCACGGGUUCGAACGCAGCCCUCGCCCUGCGCGCCAUGGUGCAGGCCUGGUACAUGGACGACGCCCCGGGCGACCCGCGGCAGCCCCACCGCCCGGAUCCCGACCGCCCGGUGGGCCUGGAGCAGCUGCGGCGGCUCGGGGUGCUCUACUGGAAGCUGGAUGCUGACAAAUAUGAGAAUGACCCAGAAUUAGAAAAGAUCCGAAGAGAGAGGAGCUACUCCUGGAUGGACAUCAUAACCAUAUGCAAAGAUACACUACCUAAUUAUGAAGAAAAGAUUAAGAUGUUUUACGAGGAACAUUUGCACCUGGAUGAUGAGAUCCGCUACAUCCUGGACGGCAGCGGGUACUUCGACGUGAGGGACAAGGAGGACAAAUGGAUCCGGAUCUUCAUGGAGAAGGGAGACAUGAUCACGCUCCCCGCGGGGAUCUACCACCGCUUCACAGUGGACGAGAAGAACUACGCGAAGGCCAUGCGGCUGUUCGUGGGAGAGCCGGUGUGGACGGCGUACAACCGGCCUGCGGACCAUGUCGAAGCCCGGGGGCAGUAUGUGAAGUUUCUGGCGCAGACAGCCUAGCAGUGCUCCCUGGGAGCUGACACGCACCUCGUAAAGGUCCUCAGAACGGUGGCUGAGCAGAAAAUCAGUCAUUUUCUCUUUGCUUUUAUAGGGUAGGCUCGAUGCCAGUUUCCUUUGUAGGUUGAUUUGAUCAGAAUAUUUUGUGAUGAAAGGAUCUAGAAAGCAGCUUGGAAGUGUAAGCAAGUCACCUUCAUUUUCUCUAACUCGAGGGAGACUCGUGGGUCCGUGGCCCUGUGUUAGUUCAUGCAUUCAUCUCAGACCCAAAUGAAAGUGUCAUCUCCCAAAAUGCUCUUCCUAGAUGCUCCUCUGGAUGUGAUGCUGUGGCUGCCAUGUGAGAAGGUGUGAUCAUCGAUAGCAAGCUAGCCAGAGAGGAGACACUUUUUCCUCCCAAAAUUCUGCCUUGGGGCGGGGCGUGCUGGGGGGAAGGGCUCCCAUCUUAAAGGGCACAGACUGAGUUGCUUAUGCCGCUUCCUUGUUCAAAAUAAAGUUAACUGCCUUAAUCUUAUGCUCAUGGCUUGGACACCUUAUAUUCAAGUAUAUAUGAUACUUUGCCUGUUUUGUUAAAAUUGCCCCAUUUAGAUUCUUUCUAUAAUUGUUCUUGUAUAUAAGUGAUUUACAUAUGAGCUGUGUUAGUAUUUUUUCACUGUGAGAUCUCUAGAUUCUUUCACAAUCAAGCUCUUGAAUUUUAACGAGUAUUAGUACGUACAUUUUCUACCCACCAAUUCUGAGAUACGAUUAUGCCUAGUGUGUUAUAUCACAGAAAAACCCCAAGUCAACCUUAUGUUUUGGAAGGACAGGUCAUUUUCUAAGUAUUUUUAUUUAACUGGAUAAAAAAUCUUCAUGUUAGGAUUAAUUUUUAAAUUCCCUCCACACUGUACAGAGGAAACUGGAGCCUUAAAUGUGUAAGGAAACUCCGUCUCAAUUUAAAAUAUCCGCAGGUGGUGUGACGGUAACAUGAACAUCCCGGACUGGCUCUGUGGGGUAUGGCUCUAUUUCAGUAACUAAAGUGAGUGCCGAUCUACUGAUGUUUUUAGGAAUUCAUUUCUAACUGGGCAUUAUAAAUAGAGCUUGUUCAUUUUUAAGAAUUAAACAUUCAUAUGAUAAACUGUC